AUGUCAACACUAACUGCGGUAUUCGCUAUUUUGACAGCGGUGAUCCCAUGGUGUAAAUAUUACGUUUUAAUGAUAAUAUUGUUUCUUGUACGUGGAAGUGCUAGAGGAGCUGCAAAAUUAAGUCUCUCAUUAAUGUGUGCAACGUUUUGCUUUUAUUUGUUCCUCGAAGAAGCUAUGGUUUUCUUUUUGACAACAUUUACACUUGAACAUAUGCACUGGACACAGUCUCAAGGUUCAUAUGCAGCUACGUCAUACUGGGCUGCCUUUGCUAUUGAUACGACAUGA